UUAUUUCUCACACACCAGCAUCAUGAUGAUAAUGAUGAAUACUCUCUGCUUCAUUAAUCAUUUUCUCUUUCAUACGCUGCUGCUUGUUGUUAACGGAGAUUCUCAACAGCUUUUGCUCUUCAAAUCAUCGCUAGAAAACCCCAACCUGUUACAAAACUGGUUACCCGGUAACAACGUGUGCAACUUCACCGGUGUUUCAUGCGCAGCAGACACUAGAGUUUCAGCUAUAGAUCUGACUGGUAUUUAUUUAAACUGUGAGUUCAGUUCAAUUUCGUCAACUUUACUAAAGGUUUCUACUCUAGAAUCAUUUGUUGCUAAAAACUGCAAUGUUACUGGUACUAUUGUUAUGAGAUCAUCUCAGUGUAGUAACGUUCUUAAAGUUUUAGAUAUGAGCGAAAACCGGAUAUCCGGUUCGGUUAAGGAUAUGAGGUCAUUAUCUGGUUGUUUAAACUUGAAAACCUUAAUUUUGUCGGGAAAUUUGAUUGAGGCGAGUGAUCUAACGAAACCGUUAGCAGCGCUUACACUAGAGGUUAUUGAUCUGUCGUUUAAUAUUAUCUCCGGGCAGGAGUUUAUGCCGUGGAUGUUAUCCGACGGUUGCGGUGAGCUCUUGGAGUUUAACGUCUCCGGCAACAACAUCUCCGGUACGGUUCCGGUUAGCUUGAAGUCAUGUUCGUUGCUUCAAGUGGUCGAUCUCUCCCGGAAUAGUUUCUCCGGCGAGUUACCGAUGGAUACAUUUUCUAAUUUGAGCAGGUUGAAGACGUUGAACCUCGGAUUUAAUAAUUUUACCGGUGAGUUGCCGGAAUCGUUGUCGGAGAUGACGAAUUUGGAGAGGUUUGACGUGAGUUCUAACCGGAUUUCCGGUGAGAUUCCUGCCGGAAUUUGUCAAGGUGGUACAACCAGGUUACAAGUGUUGUACCUUCAGAACAAUAAGCUUACUGGUUUUAUUCCUGAAACUGUUAGCAAUUGUUCUCAACUGGUUUCACUUGAUCUGAGUUUCAAUUAUUUCACCGGAAAAAUACCUGAAAGUUUCCAGUAUCUAUCAAAACUUCAAGAUUUGAUAAUAUGGAUGAACUUACUAACAGGUGAAAUACCGGAAGAGCUUAUGCAAGUUCAAACUCUUGAAAAUUUGAUUCUAGAUUUCAAUUAUUUAACGGGUUCGAUUCCAGCUAGAUUAAGCAACUGCACCAAUUUGAACUGGAUUUCGCUUUCCAACAAUAAAUUGGUCGGAGAAAUUCCAGCAGCCCUUGGUGGUUUGUCGAAUCUUGCUAUUCUUAAACUUGGGAACAACUCGUUUUCUGGCCGGAUACCAGGAGAGCUUGGAGAUUGUAAGAGCUUGGUAUGGUUGGAUUUGAACACCAAUCAGUUAAGUGGGAUGAUCCCGCCGGAACUUUUCAAGCAAUCUGGAUUCAUUGCUUCUUGGUAUCUCACUGGGAAACAAUAUGUGUACAUUAAGAACGACGGGAGCAGCCAGUGUCAUGGUUCCGGGAAUAUUCUGGAAUUCGGAGGGAUCCGCCAGGUGGAUUUACAACGGUUUUCAUCGAGACACCCAUGUAACGUCACCAGAGUGUAUUUAGGGAUCACUCAGCCGAAUUUCAAUCACAACGGGUCAAUGAUAUUUCUUGAUCUUUCGUACAACAAACUGGAGGGUGGAAUCCCGAAAGAACUCGGGUCAAUGUACUAUCUCAAUAUACUGAAUUUGGGUCACAACAAUAUCACCGGACCGAUACCCGAAGAGCUAAGCGGGUUAAAAAACGCAGCAAUUAUGGAUUUAUCACAUAACAGGCUAAACGGGUCGAUCCCAAGAUCGUUAUCCGGUCUUAGUCUUGGAGAUGUCGAUCUCUCCAACAAUAAUUUGUCUGGUGUCAUCCCGGCAUCUGCUCCUUUUGACACUUUUCCAGCCGACAGGUUUUCAAAUAAUCCCGGGCUGUGUGGGUAUCCUCUUCCUAGGUGCAGGAUGGGUCCUAAUAAUAAAUCAAAUGGUCGACAGGAAGCGUCACAUGCUGAACAAUUGGUCCACUAUUUAACCAUUUUUCUUCCCAUCAUCGGGGGACUUGGUUUCUUGCUUCUUGGUUACAUGUUCUACAAGAAUCACAAAGCUACCGAAAAGAAAAACCAGCCAGAAACAAAAAGACACGGAAAUGUGUGCUCGGUAUUGAAUUAUGACGGAAAAAUUGCAUAUGAAGACUUCGUCACCGCUACAGAGGAUUUUGACCUCAAAUACUGCGUUGGAACUGGUGGCUACGGUAGUGUUUAUGAAGCAAAACUGCCUGACGGUAAGAUAUUUGCUUUAAAAAAGCUCCAUCGUUUUGAAGCCCAGCAACCAGCAUUCAACCAGACUUUCGAGAAUGAAAUCAAAGUUUUAACCAACCUAAGGCACAAAAACAUUGUCAGACUUUAUGGUUUUUGUUUGCAUAACAAAUGUAACUUCCUUGUAUAUGAAUACAUGGAAAAGGGGAGCCUAUUUUGUGCCUUGAGUAACAGUGAAUUAGCUGUACAAAUGGACUGGUUCAAGAGGUUGAACAUUAUCAAAGGUGUAGCCCAUGCUUUGGCAUACAUGCAUCAUGAUUGCAACCCUCCUAUUGUUCAUAGAGACAUAUCAACCAACAACAUUCUCUUGAACUCAGAACUCGAAGGAUUUGUUGCUGACUUUGGAAUAGCCAGAUUGCUGGACCCGGAUUCCUCCAACCAAACGGCCGUUGCAGGAACUUUGGGAUACAUUGCUCCAGAACUUGCCUACAACAUGAUUGUGACUGAAAAAUGUGACGUAUAUAGCUUUGGGGUUGUGGUGCUUGAGACAAUUGGAGGGAAGCAUCCCGGAGACCUCCUUUCAUCCUUGAAUUAUUCAACUAGUCAUGGUGCAAUGUUGGAAAAUAUAUUGGAUAAGAGACUCCCUUAUCCAACCAAUAAGUCGAUUGUAAAGGAAAUCAUGCGUGUAUAUGAUGUAGCACUAGCAUGCAUUCUCACUGAUCCAAAGGGUCGACCAACAAUGAGAAACGUGUCUCAGGAAUUAUCAUGUUGAGCACAUCAUUUGUGCUAUCUCCAAGCUUUGUCAUAUUGAGAACAACCCGUAGUUAUAAUUGUUUCAGGAACUUAUUUAUAUUUGUGUUAUCCUUCGGAGCUGUGUGCUUAGAUAAGAUACUGUUAAAGGAUUAACCAUAAUCCUAAUCAGAAAUGAAUGGGUUGGAGAUACAGGCUGCUUUGGUUUAUUUGUUUAGUCAUUAUCCAGUUGUUGAGUAUU